GGAAGUCAAGCUGUAUCUCCGAACUGCGCAUGCGCCGCAGCUCUCCUCAAUCUAGCGCUGCGUUUCUCUCCAUAAAACGAUGAACGUACUCCUGGAUAGCUGUCCUAUGAAAGCAGCCCCCCCGUGCUCUCUGCUCUGAGCGUGAUGGCGACCGCCGGAGAGGUGACGGUGUCCUUGGCCGAGGUGGUGAUGGUGAAGGCUGAAGACUGUGACCCCGAUGACCCCAACAAGACUCAGGUCAUCCUCCAGCUGCAGCCCAUCCCCACCGGAGAAGAAUCUGCUGAAACAGACGCAGCCGUCAUGACGGUUGAAGCACAUGAAGAACAAACGGACGGAGAUGACGUUGAAAUCGGCUGUCCCAUAACCUGCGGAGACUGUAAAGCUUUGCUGCUGGUGAAGAAGUUUGUUUGCCCGGGAAUCAACGUUAAAUGUGUAAAGGCUGCGGCUCUCUUUGAGGUAUCCGAGGGUGACGGGAGUGAAAGUGCAGAGCCUGAACCUCCCCCUUCUUGGAGGAGUGCGACACGGACGGAACUCGAUGGGUUUUGCACCGUGUCGAAUGCAGCAGACAGGUCCAAGAAGGAUGAUGACGAGAGAGGGAGGCUGCUCUUAGCAGUGCUGCAGUUCCUCCAGAGACGACGCCAGCGGCGAGCAGCCUCUGUUCUCGUUGAGUGA